AUGAGAAGGCGGACUACAUAUAUCACAGAUCCCAGUCGGGCAGUCAACCCGAAAGAUAUACAGGUUGAUGGGAACCACUUUCUCCUUGGGGCCAUCAAGGCAGCUCGAGAGGAGAGAAUAACUCUGGGAUUGAAUGACUUACCCAAGGAGGUGGCCGAUGUUCUGCAAGAAUCUCAUGAGCUUCAUGUUCGAUGGGCUCCAGAACAUCUGUUCACUACAAUAACACCAUUCCUCUCAAGGAUUUCUCCAGGCCUGCAUAUAUUCUAUUCGCCUCUGAAGGAGGGUCAGCAUGACCGGCUAUGCAGCCUUGUGCACAAAGUGUUUGGACAGACCUUACGCUGCGAGUCUUCUCAGACAACUUUCAUUAGCCCGCCGUUGGUCUCGGAGCGUUUCGCACAAACAGCGUCUCAUCAAUAUUACUCUUUACUCCCCUCGAUACAAGGCCUGGUUGCAUACCUUCAACGCAAUGUAUGCUCUCCAUCAGACCUUAGCUGCCUACAUACGGCAUCACUCAUCAACAUCGCCGACUCUGUUGACCUGGACUAUGACAGUAUCUCGCAUGCCUUGACAUUCACAGUCUUCUGGUCAAAGCAACCCGAGAUCUUCUACGAUCCCAUCGGGGAAUUCACAACCCUCGAUGCAUGGAACAUUGACAUCCAACCAAAGGCUGCCGACAAGGUUGAAAUCGGUAUCCUUAGCCCUGAUCCUGCACAAGAUCCUUCAGAGCUGUCUCUAUCAGGCUUCUUGACUGUGGUUGGAGAAGAUGACAGGCCGAAAGCGACCAUGUUCAGCUUUCCAUCUCGUCAUCAUGCUCUCAGUCAAGAAGAGUCAAGGCAGCAGCGAUAUCAAGUCUCAUUUGACUCACCUACGGGCUUACAUCCUAUUCUGAGGAUCUCGUUUCCUUCUUCUGGCUCACUGGUAGAGCCAAGCAGAAAGCCACCAGGAAGUACCUGCGCUUUGCAAACAUACCUGACACUACCGUCACACAUAUUCGCCGACAAGUACGCCUUCCUCAGCAAUGACCCUCUGUUUCAGAACUCCCACCACGUCGGUCAACUACACUCAGUGGCGGGUGAGACCGACCUUGAAGCACCCGACUACGUUGUAAAGAAAUGGGGCUCAACACUGCUCCUUGACAUCCAACCCCCAUACGAAGCCCAGCUCGCAACUGACAGGGCCAGCAAUACAAUCUCCCAGCACUCCAUAUCCUCUUUCUCCUGGGACAUCACAAUCCCAUUACACUUGCGCUAUCGGGGCCCGCAACCCGGUGGACUUACCGAGAUCGCUCUUCCCUGGCCCAUCGUAUUCUGGGCCUGUACCGCCGAAGACGGCACCAAAUUCCCCGUCAAUCCUUUUGACCGCACGCAGCUUGGCUUCGAAGGUCUCUUCGGCCCACGCACGAUGUUCUACCACCUGGACCCAUCGCCGAACAAUAUGACUGGGAAACUCGUCGAGAGGAUCAACAUCCCUGUGCUAGACACAGAUGCAGCGUCAUCCAAGACAAUCGAGAAUAUCACAAUCACGACUAUUCUACUGGGUUUUCUGUGGGUGCUAUGGAAACUGAGACCUGCUGUGAGUGGUGAUGGGAAACCGGCCUCUAAGAUCAAGAAGAAGCAGUAA